AUGUUUACAUACCUCCAACACUUCGCUAUCCUGGUGCUCGGGGUUAGAUUGGUCACGAGUCAAGCUAUUUCAGCUGCAGCGACACAGUCGACCGGAUGGAAUGCGAGUUUCGAGCUCAGCCCGAAGCAGCUCAAGUUGGCCAACCUGACAAGCGACCAGGGCGCCAUCAUCAACACUAUCACCAAUUUUGACCGGUCUCAGCUUGCCAAUGGUGGAGCCCAUGAGGAUGACUUCUACAAUGUCCGGGGCCUGCCCAGGGACCAAUGGCCCACAGAGCCUGGGAAGACAAUUAAGCUGCAGGAGUUCACGGAUCCGUCACCAUUCUCCAUCCCCGCGAAGACGGCCAUGUCCCGUAUCAUCUAUAGCACGACAAAUGCAAAUGGUACGCUGAUCCCUGCUUCCGCCUAUAUCCUUUGGCCGUUCCAGCCAAAAGUUCUCCGACGCAAAACCCACAACUCUGGGUUAUCCGCGCCGGUUGUGCUAUGGACAAAUGGAACCUCGGGCUUCUACGCCAAUGGAGCUCCCUCGACACACCGUGGCCUUUUCUACGCGGACAUUGUGCCUUUUGCGCUGGCCGAGGCUGGAUACGCGGUUGUUGCCCCGGACUAUGCCGGCCUCGGCGUGGACGUCGCUUGGGAUGGAAGUCGCAUCCCGCACCAGUACUUUGUUCGCCAAGCUGGUGCUCACGGUGCUCUAAACGCUUUGAGAGCUGCUCGGGAGUCCUUUUCCAAGCACAUGUCCAGCGAUUAUGUUGUCAUGGGCCACAGCCAGGGCGGCUCGGUUGCCUGGGGCCUGUCUGAAAUUCUCGGGCGGAACGAUACCAAGUUUGAGAAUAUUGGCAAGGGUUUUCUCGCGUGGAUUGCGAAGGAUCUGAACCAGAUUUACCCGUCUUUCAACCUGAGCGACUGGUUCACUCCUCUUGGUGUGAGUAGAAUAGAACUUCUGAAUCAGAUUGAAGGAUCCCAGAUGGUUACAUUUGCCAUGUUCAGUCCUGAAGAGGCGAUCUUGCAGCCUGGUUGGCACGAGACUUGGUAUGCCAAAGCGUUCGAGGAACUUGCGAACCCUGGAAAGCGGCCCUUCAAAGGACCAAUUCUUCUCGUUCAGGGAACAUAA